AUGUACAGCACCAGGCAGUUGGCAUAUGCGCCUACGCCCUACAUUCCACGCUCCGCCCUGAAUGCGACCAUCAAUCUCGACGAGGAAGCCAAGCUGUCCACGACAAAUGCUGAGCGCGACCUCAACGAUUCGCUGGCGGAAAUUUACAGCAUCAUCGUUACGCUAGAGGGUCUCGAGAAGGCGUUCCUCAAGGAUUCGAUCAUCGAGGGCGAUUACACCGACACAUGUAGUAGACUUCUGAAGCAGUACAAAUCCAACCUUGCAGACGAGACGAUUGCGAACGCCUUUGGCGAUCUGGACUUGUUCAAGAGGGAAUGGGAGCUUGACUGUCCGCGAGCGACUGAACGAUUGCGUGUAGGCGUUCCCAUAACUGUUGAGCAGGGCCCAUCACGCACGACAGCUCAACAAGGCGACUUUGCCGAUGCGACGCUCGUUGUCAACGCGACCGAAACCUUCAUCACUCUGCUUGAUGCCAUCAAGAUCGGCCUCGUAGAGAAAGAUACCCUUCACCCCCUGCUGGUCGAAAUCAUACAGUCUGUCAAUCAAGUGACAGAUAAAGAAUUCGAAAAUAAGGGCAAGAUUGUACAGUGGCUUAUCGCCUUGAACCAGAUGCGAGCAUCGGAGAAGCUCGACGACGAGCAGGCCCGACAAUUUCAAUUCGACAUGGACCAGGCUUACUAUGGCUUCAAAGCUACCUUAAAGAAGGAUUGA